CAUGAAAGAGUAGCAAACCUCAUAUCACGUGUUCAAGGGAGGUCUUUUUUGACAAAUCAAAAUUUGGCACUACCAAAUGCAACUCUUAGAAGUCCAUCAAAUUCAUCAGAUGAAAGUUUGUUGAGCCAAAAUAUAUGUGGUUCUCCCAUUGAAUUUCCUUCUGCUCAAGAAAAUAAUAAUAAUAGAAAUUCGAUAAAUAGUAAUAAUAUUCCAAUGAUGUCCCAAAUAGGACAAGAAAAUUAUCAAAUUUUACAUGAUAUUAGGGAGAAAGCAAUAGUUACUGAGGUUAUUAAUGGUGCUAUGGAAGAAAUGAUGCAACUUUUGCCAAUGAAUGAACCAUUUUGGGUUACGACAAGUGAUGGGAGGUGUUUGCUUAAUCGGGAUAAUUAUGAAAGAGUGUUUUCACAUCCAUAUCAUCGACCUUAUAGAUCAUCAACUGCUCAAUUUGAAUCAUCAAAGGAAUCUGGAGUUGUGUCGAUGCCUGCUAUUGAGUUGAUCCAGAACUUUGUUGAUCCGGUCAAAUGGAUGAACAUGUUUCCUUCUAUAGUCCAACAAGCUAGGGGUUUUGAACUUCCUGAUACUGAGCAUUUGGGUGGUUCUAUACAAAUGAUGCAGGAGAAGUUGCAUAUUUUAUCUCCACUUGUGGAAGUUAGAGAUUUUUACUUCAUACGUUGUUGUAGAAGACUUGAUCAAACAACAUGGAUAAUGGUUGAUGUUUCACAUGACAUAUUGAAAGAAUUUCAAAAUGGUGGACCUAUCUAUACUUGGAAAUACCCUUCUGGUUGUGUCAUUCAAGACAUGGGUAAUGGCCAAAGUAUGGUUACUUGGAUCGAACAUGUUCAAAUAGAUGACAAAAAUCAGGUUCAUCGUAUCUUUAGAGACUUGGUGUAUGGUCGUCAAACAUUUGGUGCUAAAAGAUGGAUUGUUGCACUUCAAAGGAUGUCUGAGAGAUGUAAUUUUGCAGUGGCUGCAACUAGUCCUACUAGCCAUGAUCUCAAUAUUGGAGGUUCGGUUUCAUGUCCCUUGUCUUGUUUUCUUAUCAGUAUUGUUAUUAUUUCUCUUCUGCUAAGGUUCGGUUUUAUGUCCCUUGUCUU